CUCUCGCUGAGUCAAAGCGAAAGACAUUAUAUUACAAGACUGGCGACAUUCCUCUUAACUUGCAUUUCAGAUCUCAUAAUGUGUAUUAUAACAGAAGAAAACUAAUAUCUCAUUCGUUUCAAUGAACGAGAUCACGCAUCGAGACUACAGUAGAGAAGCGACAGAUUACGCUGUUUUGGAGUCCUUCAGUGCAACUUUGUAUCUUUUUCAAGAGGAGAGGAAAUAUCGGUCUCGAGAGCAUCGUGGUUCUCACUGGACCGGAGUGUCAUGCUCUUAGUCAGUCAGAGGAUCCAAUGAAAAUGUCCGUCUGCACGCAUGAGAACCGCAAAUCCUGCCUCAGCUCGGCGUCCAUGAACAUCUUCCUGUUUCACAAGUCAUCGUACGCGGACAGCGUCCUUACCCACCUCAACGCGCUCCGGCAGCAGCAGCUCUUCACCGAUGUCCUCCUCCACGCUGGGAGACGCUCCUUCCCCUGCCACCGUGCUGUGCUGGCUGCAUGCAGUCGCUACUUCCAGGCCAUGUUCAGUGGAGGUCUCCGGGAGAGCCAGGCCAGCGAAGUGGACUUCAGGGACUCCAUCCACCCAGAGGUGCUGGAGCUCCUACUAGACUAUGCCUACACCUCCCGGGUGGUGAUCAACGAGGAGAAUGCAGAGUCCCUCCUGGAGGCAGGAGACAUGCUGGAGUUCCAGGACAUCCGGGACGCCUGCGCUGAGUUUCUGGAGCGGAACUUGGCAACGUCCAAUUGCCUGGGCAUGCUUCUGCUGUCCGAUGCCCACCAGUGCACCAAGCUGUCCGAGCUCUCCUGGGGCAUGUGCCUCAGCAACUUCUCCACCAUCUGCAAGACGGAGGACUUCCUCCAGCUGCCCAAGGACAUGGCGGUGACGCUGCUGUCCCAUGAAGAGUUAGAGACGGAGGACGAGAGGCUGGUCUACGAGGCAGCCCUCAACUGGGUCAACUAUGACCUGGAGAGGAGGCACUGCCACCUCCCCGAGCUGCUGAGGACGGUCCGCCUGGCCCUGCUCCCCACCAUCUUCCUCAUGGAGAACGUGUCCACAGAGGAGCUAAUCAAUACCCAGACAAAGAGCAAGGAGCUGGUGGACGAGGCCAUACGCUAUAAACUCAGGAUCCUCCAGAACGAUGGUGUGGUCAACAGCCCCCUGGCCAGGCCCAGGAAGACCAGCCACGCCCUGUUCCUCUUGGGAGGACAGACCUUCAUGUGUGACAAGCUGUACCUGGUAGACCAGAAGGCCAAGGAGAUCAUCCCCAAGGCCGACAUCCCCAGCCCCAGGAAGGAGUUCAGCGCUUGCGCCAUCAGCUGUAAGGUCUAUGUUACCGGCGGGAGGGGCUCAGAGAACGGUGUGUCCAAAGACGUGUGGGUCUACGAUACGUCCCGCGAGGAGUGGUCCAAGGCGGCGCCUAUGAUCAUCGCCCGCUUCGGCCACGGAUCGGCCGAGCUCAAAAACUGCCUCUACGUGGUUGGAGGACACACGGCGGGUACAGGCUGUCUCCCCGCCUCGCCCUCUGGGUCACUCAAACAGGUCGAGAAGUACGACCCGGUUGCCAACAAGUGGUGCAUGGUGGCGCCGCUUAGGGAAGGCGUGAGCAACGCGGCGGUGGUCAGUGUCAAACUCAAACUCUUCGCCUUCGGAGGAACCAGCGUCACCCAUGACAAAUUACCCAAGGUGCAGCUCUACGACCCACAGGAGAAUAGGUGGUCUGUCCCCGCCUCCUGCCCACAGCCCUGGCGCUACACGGCCGCUGCCGUCCUCAACAACCAGAUCUUUGUGAUGGGUGGCGACACAGAGUUCUCGGCGUGCUCUGCCUAUAAGUUCAACAGCGACAGUUACCAAUGGACUAAAGUAGCAGAUGUGACAGCCAAGAGGAUGAGCUGCCAGGCGGUGGCGUCAGGUAACAAACUGUAUGUGGUGGGAGGCUACUUUGGCACUCAGCGGUGUAAGACUCUGGACUGUUACGAUCCGACACUGGACGCGUGGAACAGCAUCACUACCGUACCCUACUCACUCAUCCCCACAGCAUUCGUCUCCACCUGGAAACACCUCCCAGACUGAGGACUGGACUCCGACUCAACGUCGAGCAUCGGCCUCACGGCUUCAUCGCUAUAUUGGAUUAUCUAUUCGAUUAAAGACUGUGAAGGUGCAAGAUAUUCAACGUGAGGAUGGCAAGAAGGAUUUACCGU